AUGCCCCAGGAGCAGCGCGGGGCCACCGCGACGCUCCUGAAAGCGCCUGGCCACCUGCGCUGCGGGGUGAGCGGCUGCCUCCUGGUGGAGCAGGCGACGCAGGUGCCCGCCAGCGGCGCCACCGCCUACCCCGUCCUGUUCGCCCGGCAGAGCUUGGAGAAGUGGCACCGGCGGACGGGCGGCCGCUGCCCGCUCACGGGGCAGCCGCUGGAUCCCGCGCGGGGCGCUGGACGCCCCGCAUGUCCUUCAGGAGGUCCGGAGCCUCCUGUCGCUCGACGCCCCCGCCUUCUACUGAGAGUGAGCCCCCGCGUCGCCGCCGGGCGGCCGACCGCCCCCGCCACGCGGGGCGCCCGGCCGCAGGCGUCGGUGCACAGUUGGGUUCCCUUUUGGUCCUUUCAGGGUCUUGAAAAAUUCGAAGGGAACCCAAGUGUAUAGGUAGUCCCUUCCGAGUUCGCCCGAUCCCCAUUUUUUGCUUUUAGAGCCGGCCACAAGUUGGAGGAGAC